AGACAUUAUUCCAGUAAUCCAUAGGUCCAAUAAGGGCUCCCCGUGAUAUUUAGGGAGGGCCCCAAUGAAGAGGGAAAUUGCUCCCCUACAAGUCCUUGUGCCCCUGUGUCUUCUCGGGGCCCUUUAAUUAACUCCUCCCACCGGCAGGGGUCGCUGUGACAAACAGACCCAACUCUGCUCUUAGUUAUAGGCGCCUGUAUUUCUCUCCUCCCGCCGCCAGAGGUCGUUGUGCUGAGCGGACGCGGUUGGUUUAUGGAAGUGAUGGGAUCUCGGCUCCCUCCGGCGGCGCUUACUCUCAAGCAGUUCCUGGUCAGGCAGCAGGUGCUGGGACUUUACAGGAGAAUAGUGAGAGCCGUGCGACAGAUCCCCGGCGCUGCCGACCGUCAGUACUUGCAGGACUGGGCCAGGGACGAGUUCAGGAGGAAUAAAGGGGCCUCGGAGGAGAUUGCUAUUCGCAUGAUGAUCUCUCACGGACAGAGACAGCUGCAGGAAUUGGAGCGAGCCCUCCAGCUAGCCAAAUCAUAGCGCCAACAUGGUGGCCACUCUCCAUAGAUGGAAGGUGAUGCAGCAGUUCCACCGGGGGGUCGUACAGUUGUCAGUUUGGCAGUGAGGUGGCUCCAUACAUAUGUGCGUGGCUACUGGUAGUCCUGACUCGUGGCCUUUCCUUCCACUGAUGGAACAAGCCGAGACGGCAACACCCAGUCAUAUAAAUGUCCUGUAAAUUCACCCAGCCCCCUCCCGAUUAUUAAUAAAAGCAAUAUAUUGACUGCUCUAA